AAGUUUGAGCCCUUUUGAAGUUUCGGCAGUUCUCGAUACAAACUACAGAAAGACACACGUUUUACCUGAGACCUUUGACGACCGUUUUCCCCAAAAAAACUAAAUACACCCUGAAGAACGAAAGGAACUUUACCUAAAAACCGACAAAGGAUAAGAUUACAGGAUGUCGGUAGCUGGAGAGAACUCUGAUGAGGAAUACUACGCAGAGGAGUCAUUCGAGGAGGACUCGCAAUCGGAGGUGGAGGAGCAGGAAGAACAAGAGGAAGAAGUGGAGGAAGAAGAUGAAAAUAUUGAGGAAGAUGAAGAAAAUAUUGAGCGGGAGCCAGGUCCGAAGGAAGCUCAAUUUCUGGAGGAAAGCGACACCCAAAGUGAAAGUGAUGCUGAGGCGGAGUUCAUUCGCGGAAACCCACACGCCCGUCGCCAGAUGGCCGGUAGAUCUUCCGGCGGCUUUAAUCGCGAUCGAAUGGUGUCGUACCUGAGUUCCUCCUCCGAUGAUGAAAGCCAAAUGGUCGUUACCAAGACGGUGGCCGAAGUGAAUCAACUUAGCCUGAGACUGGACACGCCCCUGGAAGAUGAAACGCCCUCGGUGCGUACUCUAAUGCCAGGUAGUGCCCAUUCACAGAUUAAGGAUGAGGACGAGGAGGCGGAAGUCGAGGAAAUCGAAGAGGAAGAAGAAAUUGAAGCAGACGAGGACGGUGCCCAAAGCGAUGGAACCGUGGAAUCAAACGAUGACCGCCAAGGCGUUGAGGAGAGCGAUGACGGUGAGGGCACGGAUGUGGAAGUGGAGCAACUGGAAGAGGAUGAACCAGUAGCGACGGCUGUGUGUAAAAAGGCGGUCUUGCAAAAGAUUCCACUGGUCAAAGAGGAUAUUGUUUCUCUGGUGGAUGCCAGUGAUAACAGCAGUGAGCACAGUGUGACAAUAAUGUGCGUUGCUGGUGAUGAAACGGACAUGACCUUGCAAGAUUCUCCCAGAUUUCAAAAGCUGCAAUCUGAAACCGAUCCCGUUCGUGAAACAUUGAUAGAGCAUGAUGAACUGGAGGAGAAUCUAAUGGAAGAUCCCAUGAAAAACCCUAAUACAAAUUUGAGUGAUAGUGAUCCCUUAAUAGAGCAACCUGAUAUGGCGAGAGUACGCUACCUGGAACAGCAGAUGACCCAGAUGUCGGAGAUGAUUAUGAAGUCCUUCCAAAUUAAUGGAGGUUCACCUAAUAGCCAAGCCUUCGAGCAACUUGCCAUGGCCACGGAGUUGAUGCAACAGCGUAGUCACAGACGCGAGGACACUGAAUCCGAGUUGGCAUCGACGACUGAAUCGGUAUUGACCAGUGCUCGAAGCUUGGGAGGAGGAAGACCUCCGAUGCGAAUGCGUAUGCAACGCUCCCAGGAGGCACUUAUAACAACGCGGUCAUCUAAGAUACUUAGACCCAAAUGCAGGUGUCCCUCGGAAUCGGAUCUGCUCGAGCAGGAUGACGAACUGGCGAUGGGUCAGGAUUUCGGACAGAGUCUAGAUCCGAACGUUGGCAUGGGAAUGGGUAUGGACAUGGGAAUGGACGAAAGUUAUCUCAUGGAUGAGUGUGGUCAGGGUGACGGACUCAUGAGGCAUCCCCAACAGCGCCGACCCCAGGAGUUCAACAAGCGAGCGGCCAGUGGAACUCCAAGCAGCUUUAAUAGCGAGGGUUGUGAAUAUCCAAUCAAUGUGUCACGCUCCCGGUGCUCCAACGAUAAAGUCAACUACAAAAACCUGGGACGAAAGAGCUUCAGUUUUACAAAUCCACAAGUGCGUGAGAUUGAGCGCCAGAAUCAGAUCCUACUGCGAAAGAUGAUGACUGUCAAGCCAACAGCCACUAUCAAGGCAAGCACCAGCGGACUUAAAAUCAACGCUCCUGAGAAGCGUCAGCCACCUCCGGCGCCGCGUCUCUCCAGUGCUGCCGUAAACCGGAAGAAGUUUCAGCGCCAGAUCGAUAUAGAUAACGAUCUGCUCAAGCGGAAACUGGAGGCCAUCGGCACCCGUCGACCUCAGUUUAAGUGACGCCUCCACUGGCAGCUCCAACUGUGUUCAUUAUGUGUUUAGAAAUGUUAAAUGCGAAUUUAAAAAAUUAAAAUUUAUUGCAAGUUAAGAAAUGUA